CUAAGCAGCGCUGCGCGCCCGCCCUCCCGAGUAAAGUUGUUGAGUUUCAUUAACAUUCAGAAGUCCCCAAACCAAUGCGGCGGCUGUGUUUCAUAGUUUUUUGUUUUGUUGUUGGCUAAAAAAAAGGUUCUAAAAAUAAUAGCGAUACAGCUUUCGGCGAAUGGAAAACCCAUCCCACGUAGGGGUGGGAAUUCCUGGCAUCAGCACACCAUUGGUGGAACCCAGCAUUCGGGGCACCAGUAGCAAUAGCAGUGGCAGUGAUGGACUUAGUGUGGCGGACCGGGUUCUGCUGUUGCCACGCAUCGAACCUGCGGCCCUGGUGGCACGAAUGGUACACAGGGCUCCCAUGCAGGCCGCUCCUCAGCCUCAUGUACUCAAAUUUCCACGACGGACGAAGGCCCAAGAGGCAGCCCGAGUUCGAGCCCAACCACCAAGAAUUGAACCUUUGCCAGCAUUAAAAUUGUACCAAGAGCAGCAUAUGCCUGAAUACAUCUAUCAGAAGAAUCGUGAGGCAUUAUUGGCAAAAGGCUGGAAAGGGCUGGAUGUAGUCAAAUAUGUGGAGAGUGAUUCCGUGUCCAUCAGUUCAUCUGGACACGUUCCUAAUUUGCCUCAGCUUCCCAAAGGACUACAGGGAAAGAGAAUAGAGGAUAGCAGGAUAGCAUCACCCUCACCACCCAAACAACCUCGGACUGAGCUGAAGCCUUUGAAUGUACGUAGCCGGACCACCCUGGCACAAAGCCACUCCUUCAGAACCGCAGACGACGUGAUCAGCGCUCGAAUCAGUGACCCACUUGACAUCGCGCAUGUCAUCCGUGAGAACAAGGAGCUGGGAUACGUUUACGUGGUGCCGGCUGCACCUCGCUCCUCAAUCAAAUAUGAUGCCUUCAAUCUGAAAGUUGUCACGUAUGAGAAAAUCAACAAGGACAACUACCUCACCAUCAGUGAGCAGGGCGUGCUGUUAACACGUGAUGGGGACGUGGACUUCACUCCCCUUGAUCGAUGGGAGGAGGAGUACCGCUAUCACCGACGCCUGCUUAGCAUUCCCACUUUUUCCCAUUUUCGCAAGUGGAAGGCCUUCAGUGUUUGGCGCAAAAAUGUCCGGAGCAAAAAAAUAAAUGCCUGCCGUAGAGCCCUGCAGGAAAACCUGUUUAUUGUCAAUGCUUCAUUACGACCUGCCCUUCUCAAUGUGAAGGACAUGUGUCACCGCGUUGGUAAUAUGAGACUCUGCAUGAUUGAAAGUGGUCGGACAUACACACUCGAAGAGUUCAUGAUCACCCAGGUCGACCACCUGAAAGAGGUUCUGGUGCAUCUCUCUGAAUUUCGUGAAUUGGCAAAGGAGGUUGUAAGAAGUGCUUGUCGAACUGCAUUGUUGGAAGCUGGAUUCACACCUGAUGAUUACUUCAAUGAUCCAGAGCUUUCAGGCGAUGAAAAGGCGGAGACGGGUGGUUCCAGCAUUUUGUUUCAGUCACAGUACGAUUUGGAUCCCUUUGGAGAUGCUCCUGAAAAGAUGAGCUACACUGAACAGGCAAACAAGAGGAAACACUGUGGCAAGCUUACCUGUUUCAUCCGGCUGGCUGAUUAUGUGAUUGUGAACACACUGCACAUCCUUGCUGUGAACACAGUCAGCACCCUCCUUAAUCAACUGACAAAGCAGCUGCAGAAGACACCCUCAAAAGAACUCAUCGAAGCCUGGGCUUGUGAGCCCAGAGAAGAGCCAAUGACCAAAAAGGAGGCUGUCAUUGCUCAAGAAGAGACAGAGCAGGUUUUUCCUUUGUUCCUGACAGAAUUCAUGCUGGAACCCGAAAGCUUAAUGUUUGCGCCAUCUCAGAAUGAGUUCCAGGAUGGACUCUCCGUGGUGAUUGACUCUUUCAAGGAUACAGUUUUGUCUGUAGACAACCUUGUCACCGACAUCUAUUUUGAUGCAUUCACCCAACCUAUAAUCAACAAGAAGCGUGAAGAAAAAAGCUGUGGGGAGGGCCCGAGCUUAGAAACCAUUUUUCAAGAUGACAAACACCUCCAUAAAAUCAUAGGAGGCGUGCAGGAGGUCAUACGAACAGCAUUUAAUGCUGCUGGCCUAUAUGCUGAUACGUUUGAACAGUUCAGGCUUUUCUACAAAGAGAAUGAGAGCUUGGAUCUAGAAGCCCUCAAAAACAAAGAGCAUGAUGUGGCCUUCUUUGAAGAGAGUCUUGCAAAAUAUCAUGAACAACAUAAGGAUGCAGUGGCUAUCAAAGAGAGGAGAGAUUUGGGGAUGCUAUUGGUUGAUGCAACCAAACUGAAGAAAAAAUUGAUUCCCUCACCACUGCGGUGUCAGAAUGCAAUUAAUGACUUGUUGCCAGUGCUGUCUAGAAAGAAGACAGAUGCCAUCAUUUCAGAAGCUCGUGAUGGGCAAUUCAAGCUAGAGAUAGUACCCUCCACUACCUUUGAGUUUGUAAACAGCCUCACCUUUCUUGACGAGAUCCAAGACCGGAUUCAGGUGCUUGAGGAAGAGAUGCAGAUUGUCGUGCAGAUGUAUCAGUUGAUAGAGCAGUUCAAGGUGCCAACACCACCGGAGGACCUUGUGGUGUACUCGACACUGGAGCAGUCCAUCAUAUCUGUCCAGAACACCAUUGAUAAGGCAGUUGGCGAGCGUGAUGGCAACCUUGAGAAGUUCUGCCAGCAUCUUGAUAAGGACAUUUUGGAGCUUAAUAUGGAGGUGAAGAUUGUAAAACAGCGAGCUCAGGACCCUAUGAUUUUAGAUAUUACAAGUGACAAGACAAAGGUUCGGGAGAUACUGAAAGAACAGAUGAUUGCCACAGAUGAAUUUCAGCAGCAGGCUCUUCAGUACAGGGCUUACCAAAAGAACUUUAAGGUGGAAGUUACAAAUUUUGAUGCUUUGAAUGAAGUAUGUGAUGAACUAAAGCGAAAACAGAUGAUGUGGGACAGUUUGGAUGAGUGGGAGGUGUUUACCAAGGAAUGGUUGGAGUGUCAAUUUGAAACCCUGGAUCCUGAACAACUGAACAGUGAGGUCGCCAAAUAUGCGAAGAUUGUUAACCAGUUGGAGAAGGGACUGCCACCAAAUAAUGUAGUUCCACUGUUGAAAAAGAAGGUUGAAUUUAUCAGAGAAAAGCUGCCAGUCGUUGCAUUCCUGAGAAACCCAUCCCUGAAGGCCCGUCAUUGGGAGAUGUUGGAAGAGAUUAUAGGUGCUCCAUUGCGGGAUAAGGAGACUCCACUCACACUUGCUGGCCUUAUUGAGCUGGAAGUUUUCCAUUAUGCUGAGCAAAUCCAGGACGUGUCGGGACAGGCAUCUGGAGAAGCAUCUCUUGAGUCUAUCCUUAAAAAGGUUGAAGAUGGCUGGAAGACUGCAGAGUUUGUUGUUUUGCCUCAUCGUGAUUCAAAAGAUGUUUUUAUUUUGGCAGGAACUGAUGAAAUUCAGAUUCUUUUGGAUGACAGCAUCAUUAAUAUUUCCACCAUAACUUCUUCACGAUAUGUUGGACCAAUUAAAUCUCGGGUUGAUGAGUGGCAAAGGCAACUCUUGCUCUUCAAUCAAACGCUGGAAGAAUGGAUGACAUGCCAACGGAACUGGCUUUAUCUAGAAAGCAUUUUCAGUGCACCAGACAUCCAGAGGCAGCUACCAGCUGAGGCAAAGAUGUUCAUGCAGGUGGACAAGUCUUGGAAGGACAUCAUGAGGAAGAUUUAUCGUCUUCCCAAUGCUUUACGGGCAGCCACUCAGCCUGGCCUUCUGGACACAUUUAAGAAUAACAAUGUAUUACUUGAACAAAUCCAAAAGUGCCUUGAAGCAUAUUUAGAAUCCAAACGAGUGGUUUUCCCAAGAUUCUACUUUUUAUCCAAUGACGAGCUUCUGGAGAUCCUUGCACAGACGCGCAAUCCUCAGGCAGUGCAGCCGCACCUGCGCAAGUGCUUUGAUGCCAUCGCCCGGCUAGAGUUUGCGUUGGCACCAGCUGAGGGUGAGCAAGAGAGGACGUUCACCAACGAUAUCCUCGCUAUGGUUUCCCCUGAGGGGGAAAAGGUGAGCUUGGGCAAGGGUCUGAAGGCCCGUGGCAAUGUGGAAGAUUGGUUGGGGAAAGUGGAAGAAGCAAUGUUUCAGUCUUUGCGAAGGCUCACAAAAAUGGCCAUUGGUGAAUACCAAAGCAUGCCCCGUACUGAAUGGGUGGUGUCAGGACUCCCAUCACAGGUUGUAUUGACGGUCGCUCAACUGAUGUGGUGUCGAGACCUGACUCAGUGUCUGGAGGGAGGUGACCAUGAUCACCUGCAAUCUGUUGCGAAUUUUGAAAAGGAAAAUUUUGAGAGAUUAAAUUCUUUAGCCUGUCUGGUCCGCGGAAAUUUGCCCAAGAUCCAUCGGUGCAUCAUCACAGCUCUGAUUACAGUUGAUGUACAUGCGAGAGAUAUAGUCACGGAUAUGGUUCAAGAAAAGGUGGAGACUGCUAACAACUUUGAGUGGCAGCGACAGCUGCGAUACUACUGGGACCUAGAGCUUGACAACUGUGUGGCCAGAAUGGCGCUUUCACAGUACGUGUACGGUUACGAAUACCUGGGAGCCUGCCCUCGCCUAGUCAUCACUCCACUUACCGACCGGUGCUACCUGUGCCUGAUGGGGGCUCUGCAGUUGGAUUUGGGAGGGGCUCCUGCAGGGCCUGCAGGCACUGGUAAGACGGAGACAACCAAGGAUCUGGCAAAGGCCCUGGCCAUUCAAUGCGUGGUUUUCAACUGCUCUGAUGGCCUGGACUACAAGAUGAUGGGACGUUUCUUCAGUGGUCUGGCGCAGUCAGGCGCUUGGUGCUGCUUCGACGAAUUCAACCGAAUUGACAUAGAAGUGUUGUCAGUGAUAGCCCAACAGCUGAUAACCAUAAGAAAUGCCAAAGCUGCCAAGGUACCCAGAUUCAUGUUUGAAGGAAGAGAGAUCAAGUUGAUUCAAACCUGUGCGGCCUUCAUCACUAUGAAUCCUGGAUAUGCUGGACGAACUGAGCUUCCAGACAACUUGAAAGCUCUCUUCCGCCCUAUUGCUAUGAUGGUUCCCAACUACGCUCUUAUUGCUGAGGUGAUUUUGUACUCAGAGGGAUUCGAGUCAAGCAGGGUUUUGGCGAGGAAGAUGACUCAGAUGUACAAGCUGUGCAGUGAGCAGCUCUCACAGCAAGACCACUAUGACUUUGGAAUGAGGGCUGUCAAAUCUGUCCUCGUAAUGGCUGGAUCCUUGAAGCGAGAAAAUCCCCAUCUGAGAGAAGAUGUUGUGCUGAUUAGAGCUCUACGAGAUUCCAAUUUGCCGAAGUUUCUCGCCGACGAUGCCAUGCUUUUCAGUGGAAUCCUUUCAGACUUGUUCCCCGGGGUUGAGAUUCCGAAUCAUGACUAUGGCUCCCUGCAGUCAUCCAUUGAGAAUGCCCUGAAAGCUCGUAAGCUGCAGGCUGUGCCGUCGAUGGUGCACAAGGUUAUCCAGUUGUACGAGACGAUGUUGGUACGCCAUGGAGUUAUGCUUGUUGGUCCUACUGGUGGUGGAAAAACCACAGUUUAUACAGCCUUGUCUGAUGCACUGGGAAGCUUGCACGAGGCUGGUGAGAGCGAGCACAACCCAUUUUAUCAAAAAGUCCACACAACCGUGCUGAAUCCAAAGUCCAUCAGCAUGGGUGAGCUCUACGGGGAGGUGAAUAAUCUCACACUAGAAUGGCGUGACGGGCUCAUGGCCCUCAGUGUGAGAGUGGCUGUGGCUGAUGACUCUGAAGGCCAUAAGUGGAUCGUUUGUGAUGGGCCUGUUGAUGCUCUCUGGAUUGAGAAUUUGAACACUGUGCUGGAUGACAACAAGAUGCUUUGCUUGGCUAACAGUGAGAGGAUCAAGCUUACGCCUCAAAUACACAUGAUCUUUGAGGUGCAAGACUUAAAGGUGGCAUCUCCAGCAACCGUAAGCCGUUGUGGUAUGGUUUACAUUGACUCCGAGGAGCUGAAGUGGAUGCCGUAUGUGCAGACCUGGAUGAAUGGGAUAAUUGACAAGUUUGGGGAAGACACAGGACAGUACAUAAUGGCCCUUUUUGAGAACUACGUUGAAGAUGGGCUCAGGUUUGUGAAUAAAAAGUGUACACAGGCCAUGCCCCAGGUGGAUAUCAGCAAAGUGACCACACUCAGCUGUCUGUUGGAGAGCCUACUGCUGGGAAAAGGAGGUCCAGAUCUUAAAAUGGAGCAUUCCAGGCUGACCAGCAUUGUUUGUCAGACAUUUGUGUUCUGCUACUUGUGGGCUGUGGGAGGGAACCUGGUGGAGAAUUGUUGGGAUCAGUUUGAUACUUUUGUCAAACAUCAGUUUGAAGAAAAUCAUGAUGCUAAGUUGCCCAGUUCUGGGGAUCUGUGGAGCUAUUACAUGGAUUAUGACUCCAAGCGACUCGACCCAUGGGAGAGAAUCGUCCCCAACUUCCGAUACAACAAAGAGGUUCCUUUCUUUGAAAUGCUGGUGCCCACUACGGACACAAUGCGCUUUGGCUACCUCAUGGAGAAACUGUUGGCAGUAAAGCAUUCUGUCCUCUUCACUGGCACCACAGGUGUUGGCAAGUCUGUGGUUGCAAGGGGAUUGCUGGACAAGAUACAAGAGGAGGCUCAGUACGUCCCACUGUACAUUAACUUCUCUGCUCAAACAUCAUCCACAAGAACCCAAGAGAUUAUAGAGUCCAAGCUGGAAAAGAAGAGGAAAAACAUCAUAGGUGCUCCGGGAAAGAAGCGUGUGAUCAUAUUUGUGGAUGACUUGAACAUGCCAAAGCUGGAUCGAUACGGUUCACAACCUCCUAUUGAGCUGCUACGCCAAUACCAGGACUUUGGAGGAUUUUAUGACCGGGAAAAAAUGUUCUGGAAGGAGAUCCAGGAUGUGACCAUUGCUGCAGCCUGUGCCCCGCCGGGAGGCGGGAGGAACCCUGUUACACCACGCUUCAUUCGACACUUCAGUAUGCUGUGCCUGCCUUCGCCGUCUGAGCAUAGCCUCAAGCAGAUCUUCCAGGCUAUCCUAACAGGCUUCUUGGUAGAUUUUCCUGUGGCAGUCAAGCAGGUGGCUACAAGCAUUGUUGAAGCAGCUGUUGAGAUGUAUGGUCGGAUGAGCACUGAACUGCUGCCAACCCCAGCCAAGUCCCAUUACAUAUUUAAUUUGAGGGACCUUUCAAAAUGCAUGCAAGGGAUACUGCAGUGUGAUUCAGGCACUGUUCGUGACCAAAAUCAGAUUUUCAGGCUAUUUUGCCAUGAGUGCCAGCGAGUUUUCCAUGAUCGCUUAAUCAACAAUGAAGACAAGGAUUAUUUUAAUACCAUGCUGGCAGAGAUGGCAAGUAAACAAUUUGGAGUUCAAGUCGAAGCAGAGUAUUUUGUUAAACAUCCCAUCCUAUUUGGAGACUUCAUGAAGGUUGGAGUGCAGAGGGCUGAUCGUGUUUACGAGGAUCUCACAGAUGUGGAAAAGCUGAAAGGUGUACUGCAGGAUUAUUUGGAUGACUACAACCUCAGUUCUGCGAAGGAGAUGAAAAUGGUCUUUUUCCAAGAUGCCAUUGAGCAUGUUACUCGAAUCACACGCAUGAUUCGCCAAGAGCGUGGAAAUGCUUUGCUGGUCGGGGUGGGCGGUACCGGCAAGCAGUCCCUCACACGUCUCGCCUGCCACAUGUGCGGUUACCGUUGCUUUCAAAUUGAACUCAGCCGAGGUUACAGUUAUGACACGUUCCACGAGGACCUGCGCAAAUUGUACACCAUUGCUGGCGUUGAAGACAAGGACACCGUUUUCCUUUUCACUGACACGCAGAUUGUAAUUGAGGAGUUUUUGGAAGACAUUAACAACAUACUGAACUCUGGGGAGGUGCCCAACCUCUUUGAGAAGGAUGAGCUUGAGAAAGUACUGGCAGCCACACGACCCAAAGCCAAGGAGGCUGGCAUUCCAGAGGGAAAUCGAGAUGAGGUGCUACAGUUUUUUAUCAAUCGUGUGAGAGCCAGGCUGCACAUUGUGCUCUGCAUGAGCCCCGUCGGCGAUGCUUUUAGAGCACGCUGUCGCAUGUUCCCAUCCAUUGUCAAUUGUUGCACCAUCGACUGGUUUGUCCAGUGGCCACGAGAGGCACUUCUCUCAGUCUCCAAAACGUUCUUCACCCCCGUGGAUUUAGGUAGCGAUGAGCUAAAAGAGAAUCUAUCUGAGAUGUGUGUAGAGAUACACAUGAGUGUUACAGAACUUGCUGAGCAUUACUAUGCCGAGUUGCGUCGGCGCUACUACACUACCCCGACAUCCUACUUGGAGCUCAUAAACCUCUACCUCAGCAUGCUGGGAGAAAAACGGAGUCAGCUGACAAAUUCAAGAGAUCGCAUAAAGAAUGGCCUGACAAAACUUCUGGAAACCAACGAGCUUGUGGACAAGCUGCAGUUGGAGCUGUCAGCCCUGGAGCCCGUGCUCAAGCAGAAGUCAGAAGAUGUGGAAGCCCUCAUGGAAAAGCUUGCUACAGACCAGGAGAAUGCUGAUCAGGUGCGUCGGGUGGUGAUGGAGGACGAGGCGGUGGCAAAGGUGAAGGCUGAGGAGACCCAGGCGAUGGCAGCAGAUGCCCAACGUGACCUGGAUGAGGCACUCCCAGCUCUGCAGGCCGCCAACAGGGCACUCGACUCGCUGGACAGAUCCGACAUCUCGGAGGUGCGUGUCUUCACCAACCCGCCCGAAGGCGUCAGGACCGUCAUGGAGGCGAUCUGUAUCGUUCUUAGCAAAAAGCCUGACUGGGCCUCUGCCAAGCAAUUGCUGGGUGACUCAAACUUCCUGAAGCGGCUCACGGAUUAUGACAAGGAAAAUAUUAGUGAAGAUGUCAUUCAGAAGUUGAAGGUCUACAUAAAUAAUAAAGACUUUGUUCCAGAAAAGGUGGAGAGGGUUUCAAAGGCCUGCAAGUCCAUGUGCAUGUGGGUGAGGGCAAUGGACCUUUACUCACGUGUGCUAAAGGACGUUGGGCCCAAGAGGCAGAGACUGGCCACUGCACAGGCUGAGUUGGAUGCUACCAUGGCAAUGCUGAAUGACAAGCAGAGGCGGCUGAAACAGGUGGAAGACCAGAUUGGUGCCCUCCAAGAUCAGUUUGACAUGAGUGUGGCUGAGAAGGAAAGCCUUGCUAAGAACAUGGCCCUUACGCAAGCACGGAUGUCUCGUGCUGGAAAGUUGACCUCAGCAUUGGGAGACGAGCAGAUCCGCUGGCAGGAAAGCGUCGCUCAGUUUCAAGUGGAGAUAAACAACGUCAUUGGAAAUGUGUUUAUUGCAUCAGCUUGUGUGGCUUAUUAUGGGGCAUUCACUUCACACUACCGCCAAAUGCUCAUUGAUCGGUGGAUCAGUCGCUGCCAAGAGCUGGGCAUUCCCAUCAAUGCCAACUUCAGCCUCAUCGGCAUUCUGGGCGACCCCUUUGAAAUUCGACAGUGGAAUACGGACGGGCUUCCCCGGGACACAGUUUCUACCGAAAAUGGAAUUCUAGUCACCCGUGGCCGGCGCUGGCCCCUUAUGAUAGAUCCACAGGACCAAGCAAAUCGAUGGAUUCGAAACAAAGAGAUGAAAAAUGGUUUGAAAAUUAUUAAAUUGACAGAUGGAAACUUCCUUCGCACACUAGAAAAUGCAAUUAGACUUGGCAUGCCGGUCUUACUUGAAGAGCUCAAAGAGACACUGGAUCCUGCUCUGGAACCUAUUUUGCUAAAGCAGACAUUCGUGUCUGGAGGCCGCCUCUUAAUAAGGCUUGGUGACUCAGACGUGGACUAUGACAAGAAUUUCCGGUUUUACAUGACAACUAAGAUGGCAAAUCCUCACUAUCUUCCUGAGGUAUGCAUUAAAGUGACGAUAAUUAACUUUACCGUGACAAAAUCUGGAUUGGAAGAUCAGCUGCUCAGUGACGUGGUGAGGCUUGAAAAGCCAGAGCUGGAGGAGCAGCGGAAUGAGUUAAUUGUACGCAUCAAUGCAGACAAAAAUCAGCUCAAGGUCAUUGAAGAUCGCAUUCUCAAGUUGCUGUUUACGUCGGAAGGAAAUAUCCUGGAUAACGAGGAGCUCAUCAAAACACUGCAGGAGUCCAAGGUUACUUCAGGAGCAAUUAAAACACGACUGAAAGAAGCAGAGGCAACAGAGGAGAUGAUAAAUACAGCUCGUGAGAAAUAUCGGCCUGUGGCAGCUCGUGGCUCUGUAAUGUAUUUUGUUAUAGCCAGCUUAUCAGAGAUUGACCCCAUGUACCAGUACUCACUCAAAUACUUCAAACAGCUGUUCAACAUGACAAUCGAGACUUCUGAGAAGCGGAGUGAUCUGGCAGAGCGUCUGGAGCUGCUUCUGAAACAGACACUACUCGCCACCUACACCAACAUCUCGCGGGGCCUUUUUGAGCAGCACAAACUCAUCUUCAGCUUCAUGCUCUGCAUAGAGAUCUUACGACAGCAUGGGCACGUGAGCGAUGCAGAGUGGAACUUAUUCUUGCGAGGAGCUGCUGGAAUGGACAAGGAGCGGCCAACUAAGCCUGAAAUUGGGUGGCUGGCUGAAUCGACAUGGAACUUGUGCUGUGACCUGGAGGACCAUUUGCCUUGCUUCAAAGGGCUAAAAAGGGAGAUUGUGGCCAUCCCAAUCUUGGUGACAUUAGGAAGGCUGGAAAUCCGACUGAACCCUGAGGCGUGGGAGGGCUGUAUGAAGGAGCCACUGCACUUCACAGAAGAGGUUUCUGAAAAUGAGAUACAAGGUCACUGGAACGAGAGACUGUCCAAGUUUCAGAAACUCGUACUUGUGAAAUCAUUCAUGGAAGAAAAGGUGGUGUUUGCCAUGACCGAUUUUGUGAUUGAAAACCUGGGAAAGGCCUUUAUCGAGAACCCACCAGUGGACCUGGCUACCCUGUACCAGGAUAUGUCAGCCUCCACGCCUCUUGUGUUUGUCCUUAGCACGGGCUCUGACCCCAUGGGUGCCUUUCAGCGCUUCGCCAGGGAGAUGGGCUACUCAGAGAGGGUGCACGCAAUUUCACUCGGGCAGGGACAAGGCCCAAUUGCGGAAAAACUCAUCGAGGAAGCGGUGAAGAGUGGUGACUGGGUCUUCCUGCAGAAUUGCCACCUGGCUGCUUCGUGGAUGUUAGCAAUGGAGGAAAUCAUUAAAGCACUCUCAGAACCAAAUGCCGUAAUUCAUCCAAAUUACCGCUUAUUUUUGAGUUCCAUGCCAACAAGAAAUUUUCCGGUCACUGUACUUCAAAACUCUGUUAAGGUAACUAAUGAGCCCCCCAAAGGACUCCGCGCGAAUAUUCGGCGAGCUUUCACGGAGAUAACGCCAGCAUUUUUUGAGAAGAAUGUGCUGGGCCAGAACUGGAGGAAAAUAAUUUUUGGUAUCUGCUUCUUCCAUGCCAUCAUACAAGAACGGAAGAAGUUUGGUCCACUGGGAUGGAACAUACAUUACGAGUUCAAUGACAGUGAUCGAGAGUGUGCCCUUCUCAACCUGAAUCUCUUCUGUCAGGAUGGAAGGAUCCCAUGGGACGCCCUUAUUUAUAUCACUGGAGAAAUCACGUAUGGAGGUAGAGUGACGGAUUCUUGGGACCAGCGUUGCCUUCGCACCAUCCUCAAGCGCUUCUUCUCUCCAAAAACACUUGAGCCUGGCUACCUCUACUCUACGUCAGGCAUUUACUACGCCUCUGAAGAAAAAACACUGCAGGAUCACAAAGAUUACAUUGAGAACUUGCCACUGAAUGAUGACCCAGAGAUAUUUGGCAUGCAUGAGAAUGCCAAUCUGGCCUUCCAGCGACAAGAGACUGGCACUUUGGUGAAGACAAUUUUGGAGGUGCAGCCCCGAUCAUCUGGCCAAGGGGCGGGCACUAGCAACGAUGAGAUUGUGAAAGAGCUCGCCGACUCUAUCUUAGCCAAGCUUCCAGAGAUAUUGGACAUGGAAGGUGCAAUGGAAAGUCUAUUUACCCGGGAUGAGAAGGGACGGAUCAACUCCCUGACGACGGUGCUGGAACAGGAGGUGGAUCGAUUCAACACCUUACUUCAAGUCAUCCGGAGUUCCCUGCACACUCUUAAGAAAGCGAUAGCCGGCUUUGUGGUGAUGUCGGAGGAGAUGGAGAAGAUUUACAACAGUUUCCUCAAUAGCCAAGUGCCAGUGCUGUGGAGUGACAAUGCAUACCCAUCCCUCAAGCCAUUGGGCGGUUGGGUGAAGGACCUGGCUUUGCGAACCAUAUUUAUUGAUGCCUGGAUAAAGACCGGGCCACCCAAGUCUUUUUGGAUAUCUGGAUUUUUCUUCCCACAAGGAUUUUUGACAGGUACUCUGCAAAACCAUGCCCGCAAAUACAACUUGCCUAUCGACGAGCUCGGCUUUCACUACAAAACAUUGCCAGUUUAUCGUGACCAGACAUCAGUGGCUGAAGCCAUGAGAACCCAGCAGUUUGGACAGGAGCUGGAAGCAGACAUACAGUUGCCUGCUGUGCAAGAUGGUGUUCUGGUGCAUGGGUUAUUCAUGGAUGCCUCACGCUGGGAUGACGAGGACAUGGUGAUGGAGGAUGCUUUGGCAGCGCAGAUGAACCCUCCUCUGCCUGUGCUGCACUUUGAGCCAUGCCAGAACUACCAGCCUGAUCCAUCUCUAUACCACGCACCACUCUACAAGACUUCUGCCCGUGCGGGAACUCUCUCCACUACUGGUCACUCAACCAAUUUUGUUGUCACCGUCUUCAUACCUUCUAAAAGGGACAGUGACUACUGGAUCUCCAAAGGAGCAGCGCUGCUUUGUCAACUCAAUGAUUAGGGCUUUGAUGUCCUUCAGUUUUCUCAUCUGUUCUUGGAAAAUUACACUAAAAGCUGUCUUAUAAUGACACUGAAAGGUGUUUUAUAAUGACACUGAAAGGUGUCAUAAUUUCUGAUGGUCACGGAUGUAAAUGAGCGGAUGUGUUACCUCUAAAUUGAGACUGCUAGUAUCUUAAAGUAAACUGCAGGAAAAGUUCAAACUAAAUUACACUUUUACUUAUAAAAAAUCUUAUCUUUGUAAGUUAUUUAUUCCACACUUUGUGUUAUCUUUAAAAUUAAUGCAAAAUGCUGUCUGGCUGCUUUUGGGGCCCAGGUAUUUCAGAAUAGGCAAGCAGUAUGGUAAUGCUGAAGUAUAACUUCAGCUGCUGUGUUUUAAUGCGGAUGGAUUUAGCUUCACAGUUAUAUAACCUACCACCAUCUGUUUGGAGCUUCAUGAUGCUCAUCUCUGAUUGACACCAAUUACACCGAGCACCAUUCUGCACUACAUGUUGCCAAUCCUGAAUGGGCCACCCUUUUUUUUUAAACAGUGAUAACCAGUUUUUUUUUUAAAUCGAAUCCUAUUAAAGAUAUAUCUGGAAUUAAUAUACAAUUUAAUCUUCCAUGCUUGCAAUUGAUUCUUUGUCUGAUGCUUGUAAUGCAUAGUAUGUUCAUGUUUGCAGAAAAAAAAGGAAAACAUGCAACGCCCUCUUCAGUAAAAAUUAAUUGUGAUCGUUUCAUUUUGGUAAUCUUUUAAUCAGCAAUUUUUGUAUUGCAGUCUGAAAAGUUUAACAUUGAAACAAAAUAUGCAAAACCUUCAUGAGUUUAAUGAAGAAAAUAAACAUUUAUUUUGUAAACCCAAUACAUUUGUAUAUGCAGCUUAUAUAUAAACUAAACAUCAACUUGUAAAGGUCACUGCUUUAACAAGACAAACAUGACAACACAAAAACACAGUUAUUAAAAACAAAUGCUAGUUUUAAAGUAAUGAACAAUAAUAAUAAUGAUAACCUUUGUUUGUUUGAAGGAAUACCCACACAAUUUUUACACGGACUUGCGUGGUGGACAACUUGUGAAUUAUUCAUGUUAUAUUUAUUUAUACCUUAACUUUACAAGUACCAUAUUUUAAACGGGAAAACGUCUACGACUCAGUAAAAUAUCAAAUUAGCCCUAGUUAGAUGCACUGGCUGCCCUGCAAUUGAGUACAACUCUGUAUGCACUCUAGAACUGUGUAUACACAUUUUUACUUAAAUCACAAGAUAAGGUUGCUGCCUGGCAGAAACACAAUGAAAGGUUCUUGUAUAACCUAUGAUGUAACAUUUGUUUCGGAAUUUCAUUUGUUUUUAAGAUUUUUGCUUUCGCUUUGCUUUUUGAAGACAAUGCAUACGUUUGUUAUUCCAUCUUUUUAAAUAGUUGUAUUGAUUAUUAAAGCAUGUUGAUGAAAGAU